UGGGCUACUUUGUAAUUAAAAAGUGUGAGCUUUGGGUGAAAAGCAGGUAAACAGAGCAAUACUACAUCAUUAGAUCUGGCUGAAUCUGAAUCACAUAUGAACUUAAAAGUCAAAGCUGUUGGAUAUCUGAGUAAAAAAUGUUUAGUAUUUAGUAUUUUUAGUAUUUCGGUGCGCGCACUAGCAGAGCAAACGAGCGCUCAGGCCAGGGGGAGGCCACGGACCGCAAGGUGCCGCCACGCUGCUGCUCUUGUGCCGAAUCCGACUCCCCUCAGAAUUUGGCUCCACUUCGCGAACAGAAAAAAGGCUAAAAAACUGCUGGAGUGGAAACAGCGCUUAUAAAUAAAUUAACAAACACAAAAACAAAGGGUAUUCUAUCAGUAAUUUCAUUUAGUUUUAGUUAGUUUUAUAAACUCUCAGUUCCAGUUAGUUACCUUUUUUCUUUUAAUUAUCAUUUUUAUUAGUUUCAGUUAACAGAAAAAUGUUUUUUUACUUUCAGUUUUCGUUAUUUUGUUUGUUUUCCUUAAUGAUACAGUUUUUCUCUAUUGCCAAAACACAAAACCCAGUACUCUAAACCAAAUGACCAGUUACCUAAACACAUUUAGUAAAACUACCCCCCAUUUGCCACAACCACAAACACAAUUCACCUGUAGACACUGUUCACAAAACCCAUCCCCUUUUUUUCAAAACUCUAAACACAUUUUGCCUUGCUAAAACACAUUUUGCAUUUAUCUCUGCUCCAAUAUAUAUUGUGAAGCUCAUGUGAUGCAAAAUGCCACCCACAGUCAGCAAAACUUAAACACAAUGAACAUACCUGGUGUCAUUCAGUAAACACGACUCAUAAUUGAAAACACCUGUUGCAAAUGAUGUGACCACACCUAUAUAAGUCAGUUUCCUGAAGGUUCCAAACAAAAAUGGAUGAUCAAGGCAGAAGAAGAGGAGUUCAUGUCAGAGGAGGGAGAGGAGCAGGUCCAGGAGGGAGAGGAGCGGGCCGAGGAGGGAGAGGAGCAGGUCCAGGAGGGAGAGGAGCGGGCCGAGGAGGGAGAGGAGCGGGCCGAGGAGGGAGAGGAGCGGGCCGAGGAGGGAGAGGAGCGGGCCGAGGAGGGAGAGGAGCGGGCCGAGGAGGGAGAGGAGCGGGCCGAGGAGGGAGAGGAGCGGGCCGAGGAGGGAGAGGAGAAGGAGGGCGAGCAAGACUACGCAUUUUAAUCACAGAUGAAAUGAGAGCAACAGUCAUUGACCACGUCAUUUUCCACGGCUGAAGCGGGACAACGAGUCCAACCUAACCUCAGCAGAUUCUCAGUGGCCACCAUUAUUCGGGCCUUCAGAGAACACAACAGGUACUGUAUGUACUAGGUUUUUAGUCACUACACUAGAUGUUUACAGUAUACAGUACUACAGUGGAGUGCACCUACAUACAGACAAGUGCAAUCAUGGUUACAGUAAAAGUGUGUACUGCAAGGACCAUUUCUGACCAAAUGACUGUAUGUUUAGUUGAAAGAUUG